AUGGACGCCCAAAUUGCUGAGUGGAGAACUCGCGCCGACGCUCUCAAGCCACUAAACCUCAAAGCCAUUGAGCCGGCUCUCCUGGAACUUGACGCUCACCUCACUCUCCGCACACAUAUCGUGGGCUACACCCUCACCGAUGCCGACACCAUCGUAUGGCAGACAUUGCGCGAUAACCGUGUCGCACAUGCAUAUGUCAAGCAGGAUCUUAUGAAGAACCUGGGACGGUGGUUCAGGUACAUUGAGGAGGCUUACCCGCAGAGUGUUGUUGUAGUAGGCAAAGGCAAGGAAGACAGUAAGAAGGUAGAUGGAAAGGACGGGAAGGGGAAGAAGGAGGGAAAGAAUGAUGAUGCGAAUUACGAUAUCGGACUACAGGAUGUGGGGGAUGGGACAGGUAUUGUUACCAGGUUUCCUCCUGAGCCUUCAGGUUACCUCCACAUUGGUCAUGCAAAGGCUGCGUUGUUGAAUGACUACUUUGCCCACGAGAAGUACAAGGGCAAACUGCUCCUGCGAUUCGACGACACCAACCCUACCAAGGAGAAACAGGAAUUCCAGGACGCCAUUCUCGAAGACUGCGCACUGCUUGGCAUCAAGCCAGAUCAAGUCUCAUACACCAGUGACUGGUUUGAUGAGCUUUACGAACGCUGUGUCCAGAUGAUCAAAAACGGCCUCGCGUACGCCGAUGAUACCCUCCAAGAGAAGAUGCGUGCUGAGCGCAUGGACGGCAUUGCCAGUGCGCGCCGCGACGCGAGUGUAGAGGAAAACCUCGCACAUUUUGAAGAGAUGAAGAAGGGCAAUGAGGAGGGACUAAGAUGGUGCAUCCGAGCGAAGAUGUCUGUCGAUAACCCCAACAAGGCCAUGCGUGAUCCUGUCAUCUACCGCUGCAAUCCCGAGGCACAUCAUCGCACUGGAGAGAAGUGGAAGAUCUACCCUACGUACGACUUCUGUUGCCCUAUUGUUGACGCUGUCGAGGGCGUCACACAUGCUCUACGUACGACUGAGUACAACGACCGCGAUGCUCAAUACCAGUGGUUUAUCAAAAACCUUGGGCUGCGUCAAGUCCACAACUGGGGUUUCGCACGUCUGAACUUUGUCAGAACGGUACUUUCCAAGCGCAAGCUCACGAAAAUUGUUGAGGCAGGAAUCGUGACCGGCUGGGACGAUGCUCGCAUGCCUACUGUUCGCGGUGUGCGUCGCCGUGGUGCCGUCAUCCCUGCGCUACGAGAAUUUAUUUUGAAGCAAGGUCCGUCCAAGAACAUUGUCAAUCAGGAUUGGUAUGCCUUCUGGGCGACCAACAAAAAGUACAUUGAGCCUACCGCGGCACGCUACACAGCGAUCGAUGACGCUGGUCGUGUUCCCGUCACCAUCAUUGGCGCUCGAGAGGGCGUUAUUACGGAAGAUAAGCCAAAACACGCGAAAUACGAUCUGGGUAACAAGAAGAUUGUCUUUAGUUCAUCUGUAAUAAUGGAACAAGCCGACGCGCAGUCGUUUGAACAGGACGAGGAGAUUACCCUCAUGAACUGGGGCAAUGCCAUUGUGCGCAAGAUUAGCCAUUCCAUCAAUCCUCUUGAAAUGGCAAAACACGGUCUCAAGACUGUCAGCGGAUUGGAACUGGAACUGCAUCUCCAAGGCGACGUGAAGACCACGAAGAAGAAAGUCACAUGGCUCAGCAAUGACCAGAAUCUCAUCCCGAUCGAGUUGGUGGACUACGAUUACCUGAUCACAAAGGACAAACUUGAGCCUGAAGAUACAUUGGAAGACUUCUUGAACCCGAAGACGGAGACGAGGACGAAGGCUUUGGCAGAUUGCAAUGUGGCGGAGCUUAAGGAGGAUGAUAUUGUUCAGUUUGAUCGUAAGGGAUUCUUCAGAAUCGAUAGGGCGUUCAAGCAUGGCGAGGCUGUCGUUGCGUUCCAGAUUCCAACGGGGAAGAGCAAGUAG